AAAGAACUCUGCUUAUAUCGGAAAGAGGUCUUGUAACAGAAAUAGUAAGUAGAGGAACACACAUGUCAAGACUUGGGGAAAAUACAGUUAAACCCCAUAGAGAACAAGAUGCCAGAGCAACAGAGAUUCAAAGUCGAUAUCUAAGUGCAUAGAAAGAAGGGAUGUAAAACAUUAACCGGGAUCAUAGAAAAAGGAGAGAUUUGAAAGAGGAUAAUGCAGAUUUUUAUGGGGAGCGCCUCCCAAGAAUGAGGGGCACCAUGUGAGAAAGUUCAAAGCUGCUUGAUAACUUCUCUUGAUAACCUGGAUUAAUUUCUUCUUGAAAAGCAAUGGGUCAAGAAGCUGGCAAACCUGCCUGGCCCAAACCAGUUGGAGGAUAUCAGACCAUUACAGGGAGAAGAUAUGGAAGAAGACACGCGUAUGUCAGUUUUAGACCAUCUUUGAUGAAUCAAGACAGAAAUUCAAGCCAACAGAAUGGAGAAUGUGAAGGAUUAGAAUUAGACGAUGUUCACAAAGAGAAGUCUUUAUGUCCCAAUCCAUUGGUUCAAGUUUGUUCUGCUUUAUCAGAUGAACCUUCAUUACAGAGUGGUGGAUCUGAAGUUCCUGUUUGUAGAACUGUAUUGAGGCAAACUGUUGAAACAAACACAUCACCAUUUUCUCCAGUAUGCUACAAUCAGGAAGGCAAUCAAACCUCAAGGAGCAGUAUGAAUCCUGAUAAAAUUCCUGAGGACUGUGCAGAGUAUACUUCUGGCGAGUGUAGUGAUCUGAAUGGUCAGAAUGGAAUUGCUUUUGUAAACAUUGACUCCUAUGAGCCAGAUAGCAGUGAUGGAGAGGAUGAUGGUGGACAAGUUGAUUUUUCCUUAGCAAAAGAGGAAGCAGGCUUAUUUCAGGAAACACUGGAUCACAUGCUUUCUGAGUUGGAGAAAGAGGUAGAGUCCUUCAGUGGCAUACAGUCACGAUUGUCUACUUUUAAUCAUAAUGCUUCUAGAGAAGUUUCUGAAGAACAAGGACCAGUGCCUUCAAUGAGAUAUAGCAUAGACUCAGAUCUUGGCCAUCGAAAUAAUAGGACAUUUAAAAAAUCACCUGCUGAAGAUGAAGUUAUAGGAAAAAAUAACUUAAGUGGUAGUGCCAGUUGUGAAACACAACAGAGAAAAAUUAUAGCUGAUGUUGCCAUCAGGACCCCUGUAGGGAUUUGUAAUGAACUGAAUACCAGUGAUGGCAAGACUGACCAAGGAAAAUCACCUGAACUGGUAGUGAGACCUAAAGUUAGAAAACAAAAUGCUACAAACCUGUUGGAUAGAAAAAAGCUUACUAGUGAUGAUGAGGCGAAAAGCAGUACUAGAAGGAGGAGUGAAAUUUUCGAAGCCCAGCAAGGCAGUGCAGAACAUGCCUUGAGAAAUAGCAAAGAAAAAAUGAAUUCCAGUAUGUUCUUUGACCCAAGAGACUAUGAAGGUACUCAAAAGAAAACAGAAAAUGAUCUAAAAAGUAAUGUAACCACCCAAGAGAGAACAUCUGUAGUAGAUGAUAGUGCUUUCUGGGAUGAAUUUGAAGAUUGCAGCAGGCGUUUACCUAGUUCCAACAAAGAUGAAGACAGUUCUGAAUGCAGUGAUGGGGAGUGGUCUGCAUGUUUGCCCUCCUAUUUUGCUGCUACAGAAAAAGACCAAUCCUCCAGCGAUGAAAGCUGGGAGACUCUGCCAGGCAGGGAGGAACGUGAACCUGAAGUGCAGAGCAACAGCAGUGGCCUAGAAGAGGAAAACACAGACUUCUGUUUCCAAGGCGGGGAACAGACCUCUUUGGAGGAGGGAGAGAUUCCUUGGCUGCAGUACCAUGAAGAAAUUGAAAGUAGCAGUGAUGAGGAAAAUGAUCCAGUUAGCCAUUUUGUGCAUCCAGGAUUUUUCAUGUUGGAUGGGAACAACAACCUUGAGGAUGACUCCAGUAUGAGUGAAGACUUAGACAUGGAGUGGAGGCUACUUGAUGAAUUUGGUGAUGGCCUAGGAGUUGCUCAAGCCAUUUCUUAUGUGGAUCCUCAGUUUCUCACAUAUAUGGCACUGGAGGAGCGUUUGGCACAGGCCAUGGAGACUGCUUUGGCACAUCUGGAGUCUCUUGCAGUUGAUGUUGAGCAAGCUCAUCCACCAGCCAGCAAAGAAAGCAUAGACUGUCUGCCACAGAUUAUUAUUACAGAAAAUCACAAUGCUGUUGGUCAGGAGCAGUGUUGUGCUAUCUGUUGCAGUGAUUAUGUGAAAGAUGAAAUAAUAACUGAGCUGCCCUGUCACCAUUUCUUUCACAAACCCUGUGUAACACUUUGGUUACAGAAGUCAGGAACAUGCCCGGUGUGUCGUCAUGUGCUUGCACCUGUACUCCCUGAAGCAGCAGCUGCUGCUACUUCCUUUCUCUCUGAUCAUGAUUCCCCUCCUUCAGUCCACAGUGCUGCAGGAACACAAUAAAAUUAACCUCUGGAAUGAGAUGUUGCCCCAGCAAACUAAAAAUGUAAAUUUCUUCUGUUUUAAUUACAAUGUGAAAACAAUUAUAUAUAAAAUAUAUUAUAUAUAAAUGCUAUAUAUAGUAUAUAUUUUAGUUUAGAAAGAGAAUGUAAGACUUUCUAAACUGUUUAGAUUUACAAUAAUAGCUAAAAUUUUCAAACUGAAAGUUAGAAAAAUUUGCAUCAGUUUUCUGCAGUAGAACAUCUUGCUGUUAACCGUAAUAUCCAAGGCUUGUAUUACGUUAAAUUUGUCAAAAGAAUUAUCAUUAAUGUGGCACUUUGUGUUCAAGUUCUUGCAACUGCAGUGCAGUUGGAGCUUAUUAAAGUUAUGCUUAUAACCUGUUUUACAUAAUAUAACUGAACAAUGUGUUGUUGGUUUUUUUGUCAAAGAUAGUGGCACCAAGUGACUUUGUAAUUGAUCUCUCAUAUUUGCAUCAAAUGUGAAGACGUUCUGUGAUCACAGCAGUAGUAAAAUUUGGUUUCACUGGAAAUAAACUGCAUAAGAAUACA